GUGCAUGUGAACCUCUCUCACCAGUUGUUUUGGAUCCCAUCUUUCCUGUGAAGAAGCACUGUUCUUGUGUCUCUCUGUUGUGGAACUGUAACAGCAUCACUAAUUGGAAGAGAGAUUCUAUGGAUUCCAAUCGCAGAACCAACAAUUACCUACGCCAUGUGGAAUCUAUGAAGCUUCUUCCAUCUGGUGCUGGUCACAUUUCCCACUUGAACGCUGUGAUACUUGGUGAAUCUCUCGCCACUGAAGAGGAUGUUUUUGUCCUUCCAAGCGAGGAAUUCGCUAGCCAAGCGAAUGUUCAGUCCCCAGAACAGUAUCUGGAGAUGUAUAAGAGAUCGAUUGAGGACCCUGCUGGAUUCUGGUCUGAUAUUGCCUCAGAGUUCUAUUGGAAACAGAAAUGGGGUGAUAAAGUCUGUAAUGAAAAUUUUGAUGUAAGGAAAGGCAGUAUCAAGAUUGAGUGGUUCAAGGGUGGCAUCACCAACAUCUGUUAUAAUUGCUUGGAUAAAAAUGUUGAAGCUGGACUUGGUGACAAAAUUGCCAUUUACUGGGAAGGCAAUGAGCCUGGUUUUGAUGCUAAUUUAACAUACACUCAGCUUCUUCAUCAAGUUUGUCAAGUCGCAAAUUACCUGAAAGAUAUUGGUGUGAAGAAGGGAGAUGCUGUACUUAUUUAUUUGCCCAUGAUUAUGGAGCUUCCCAUCACAAUGCUUGCCUGUGCCCGCAUUGGUGCUGUUCAUUCGGUUGUAUUUGCCGGUUUUUCUGCAGAUUCUCUUGCCCAGAGAAUCAUUGAUUUUAAACCAAAAGUUGUAAUUACUUGCAAUGCUGGUAAAAGGGGCUCUAAGGUUAUCUAUCUUAAAGACAUAGUUGAUGCUGCCAUCAAUGAUUCAGCCCAAAAUGGGGUCCCUAUAGAUGUAUGCCUAGUUUAUGAAAACCCAACAGCAAUGAAGAGGGUAGAUACCAAAUGGAAGAAAGGGCGAGACAUGUGGUGGCAGGAUGUAAUUCCCCAAUAUCCAACUACUUGUCCAGUGGAGUGGGUUGAUGCAGAGGAUCCACUUUUUCUACUCUAUACUAGUGGGAGUACAGGAAAACCUAAGGGUGUCCUCCAUACAACUGGUGGUUACAUGGUGUACACCGCAACAACAUUCAAGUAUGCAUUUGACUACAAGCCGUCCGACAUCUAUUUUUGUACUGCUGAUUGUGGUUGGAUUACUGGGCACAGCUAUGUCACUUAUGGACCCAUGCUCAAUGGUGCAACUAAUGUUGUGUUUGAAGGGGCUCCCAAUUAUCCUAAUGCAGGUCGUUGUUGGGACAUUGUUGACAAAUAUAAAGUGACACUAUUCUACACUGCCCCCACAUUGGUGCGGUCCCUCAUGCGUGAAGGUGAUGAGCAUGUUACUCGCUACUCAAGGAAAUCCUUAAGAGUCCUGGGAAGUGUAGGCGAGCCCAUAAAUCCAAGUGCAUGGAGGUGGUUUUACAAUGUAGUUGGAGAUUCAAGGUGCCCUAUCUCUGACAGUUGGUGGCAAACAGAAACUGCUGGCAUCAUGAUAACUCCACUACCAGGUGCUUGGCCCCAGAAGCCUGGUUCUGCGACUUUCCCUUUCUUUGGAGUUCAGCCUGUCAUUGUGGAUGAGAAAGGUGUUGAAAUAGAAGGUGAGUGCAGUGGUUAUUUGUGCAUUAAGGGAUCAUGGCCCGGGGCAUUCAGAACUCUGUAUGGUGAUCAUGAAAGAUAUGAAACAGCAUAUUUCAAGCCAUUUGCUGGCUACUAUUUCAGUGGUGAUGGCUGCAGCAGGGAUAAAGAUGGAUACCAUUGGCUUACUGGAAGAGUUGACGAUGUCAUCAAUGUCAGUGGGCAUCGUAUUGGCACAGCUGAAGUGGAAUCAGCUUUAGUUUCACAUCCUCAAUGCGCAGAGGCUGCUGUGGUUGGUGUGGAGCAUGAGCUCAAAGGACAGGGUAUCUAUGCAUUUGUUACACUUGUGGACGGUGUUCCUUACAGUGAAGAACUUAGGAAGAACCUCAUACUCACAGUUCGAAAGCAGAUAGGAGCCUUUGCAGCACCUGACAAAAUCCAUUGGGCGCCUGGCCUUCCAAAAACAAAGAGUGGAAAGAUAAUGAGAAGAAUUCUGAGAAAAAUUGCUUCCAGGCAGCUAAAUGAACUUGGAGAUACAAGUACUCUUGCAGAUCCAAGUGUGGUCAAUCAACUUAUAGAACUUACUGAUUCCUGAAGCACCAUACUUUGUAAUAUCAAAGGUAUAUUAUCCGAAAUGCAGGCCAAUUAGAGGCUUUGCUGUACUAAUAGUCAAAGUGAGAAAUGAGAGGAUAAAUUUUCCCUUAAACUUCUGUAGUCAUUUGUUUCUGGGGAUGCUUAAUGCUCAGUU